AUCAAAAUCAUCACAAAUUGUUCAAUUCAAGAUUUAUAACUUUGUCUCAGAAGAUGAAUUGGUGAAAUUUCUAGGUUUUUGGAUAGAGAUCCAUGUGUGAGAGCAAAAUGGAUGACGUGCCAUUGCCUUCUCUCUUCGAACAAGCUAGUAAGAUCCAUCGGACGGCCACGGAGUCCGGUGCUGAUCAGGAUCUGGUAAAGAAAGGAUGCGAGGCACUGGGUAAGUGCGAGGACAUGAUAAGCAAGCUAGGACUUUUUUCAUCAAAUGAGACCAAAGAUGACAUUAGCACCACCAAUCUCAAGUAUAUUCUGGUGCCAUUUUAUCUUGCAGAGCUGACUGAAAAGAUUGUGCAGGACAAUAGGAUACAGAUUCUCAAAACUUCACAGGCAAAAUUGAAAGAGUUCAUGUCUUUUUGCGAGGCAAUGAAGCUUGAACCACAGGAAGAGUUGGAAGUCGCUGUACAAGGAGCAUCAAAUUCUUUUGCUGACCGAAGGGCCUUAAAGAUUGCUCGGUUCAAACGCCAAAGAGCAGCAGAAGCAAAGCUGACAGAAAUAAAGGAACGGAAGGAACGACGCGAGCGUUCAACAAAAGCUGCUGCCAUAUCCACUCCUGUUGAGCAUGGAGAGGAGGAUGUGCUGGAUGACGACGGGGAGGAAGAAUGAGAGGCUUGGCUUACUACCAUCUCAUUGGCUAUUUGUAAGGCUUUUGAUCUGCUUGAAAUGCUAAAGAAGGAAGAAGAGAUGCUUGCUGCCAUUAGGGAAAAACACCUAAAGGUAUUAAUCUUCUUAAAUUAGCCUCUCCUUUUUUCCUGAAAAUUUUUGUUUCUUUACCUUGUUAACAUUUUUGUGACGAGUUGUGCUGAAAAUUUGACACCACAAGAAGACUCGAAGCUUUUAAGCUAAGCACUACCUAAGAUCGACACCAUACUUUCCACUUAGGAGGCGUACGGCAUCACUGGAGUUAAACAUUUUAUUCUGUUAGGCAUUAGAAAGGGAAACAUAAAUGUACAAUGCCGAGGCUGACACUGUUCACCCCACUGAAGAGUUUGGUUACUUGAUAUUUCUGAUAAAUAGAAAGGGAACCAUAAAUGUGCAUUGCCUUCAUUCUUGAUACUUGCUACAAGUCCAACUGAUCAUUGAUUUUGUAGAAAAUUUGAGAUUUUGCAAUAAAUUACUCGAUCUGCUAAAACAUUGUACUGUUAUUUAAAUGAUAAAUUACUCGAUCUGCUACAAUCUUUCAUUUAUUAUCGGACCAACCUUGACUGUUACAAUUUCUGACUGAUAAUAUAACCAAUUUCUUGUGAAUUGCUUAGACCAGUGAUGUUGGCCUGCUUCAGUCGGUAUCCUGUGCUGAAAAAGAUUCAUAGUUUUUCUUUUCAGGGUUUUAGAAAAGUAAUUGUUUGAAGCAAUCAUCAUAUUCAUUUCUUACUUUUUUUGCUCCAAUUUUGAAAGUUAAAGCCUAAUGAACUACUUUCUAAUGUGAAUAUGCAUUGGUACAUUUAUAUUUUUCCUUGUA